AUGAGGUUCACUAAGGUUAUUGGCGACAUCACCGCCGCCUUGCUCGUGAGCGGCGUAUCGGGUGCUAGACUGCCCAAGAGACAGGAUGCUCCUCCCAUCUCCUCCGAGACACCUGCUCCUCCCGCUCCUCCCGCGUCAACCGAAACACCGGUCCCACCACCACCACCUGCUUCUACGGAGGCUCCUACUCCCCCAGAGACCUUAACGCCGGUCCCUGCGCCGACUUCUUCCGAAGCUCCCGCACCACCCCCACCGUCUUCCACCGAGGCCCCGGCACCGCCUAGCUCGGCCCCGGCGCCUUCAACUUCUUCGGCACCUCCGGCCCCGGUCGAGACGUGCGCGGCGCAUUUGCUGGUAGACGAUUUCUCUCAAUGGGAGACUGGCGAGAACUCCCUGCAGGGAGCUACGAGCGAUGACCAGACCAUGAACGCCACCAGCACUGAUGGCGGCAUCCUAACAUUCACACCCAACAACAUUGAUGUAUCGUAUAUCUACGAGCAGUUUGACUGUUUAGACACCGUGGCGCUCGGAUAUGACUCCAUAUCAUUUAAUAUCAAGGGUCCCGAAGCGGCCUCUGUCUCAAUUGAGCUACAAACCGUCGCCGAAUGCUCCAGCACUGAGUACCAGAGCUCCUACUACACCCUCGACGGCCUUGGCGGUUCUCUACAGACAAUUAACAUUCCGCUGAACAGCUGGGAGGGAGCUGGCCUGGAUGGAGUCGUUGGUGUCGUAUGGUACGGCUUCUCGGCUGGUUUGACGGGCACCGACAACGUGUGGCAGCUAGACAACGUACAGUUCCUGUGCGCUAGCGUUCCGCCGCCCGAGGACCCCGAACCACCUGUAGUCACACCAGUGCCUACUACAGACCCUACUGAGCCCGAGCCGCCAGCCACCGUCACGACCACUAUCUUCGUGACUCUGCCCGGCGGUGACGUUACUACAACGACGGAGACCACUACGGGGAGCUGGAGCACGCCCGGCAAACCAACGACCACGGGGCGAGCAACUACCACGAAGCGCCCAGGGUUGCCUACUACUACUACCCGUCCUAUCUGGCCGACCGAGCCUCCACGGUGGGACGACAACCCAUGGGAUGACCCGUGGGGAGGCUGGUCCGAUAGCCAAGCUGUGCCACAGCAAGUCACCGCCACCGCUGUCGCCGUCCCUACACCGGUAGCAGAGGCAGCGGUAGAGGUCCAGCAGAUCGUAGCUCGCGAAGAAGCUGCUCAGUGCGACCAUCUUCUCGUUGACGACUUUAUAUCCCAAUCUCGCUUGACCUUUCUCUACUACAACGCCUUGCUGAAGUCGAGUAGCGACGACGGUACUAUGAAGUCCGUCGUGGUCAAGAACAACAGGGCGACUUUCACACCCGUGGAUACUGACUCGUACUGGUACACCCAGCUCGGCUGCAUCGAUGCGGAACAAUACGGAGGAAUCUCGCUUCGCAUCUCAGCUGCUGCUGGCACAACCCUCGACGUCCAGCUUUCUUCGACAAAAGGCCAGUGUGGCACCGAGAACGCCGACGAUGUCGUCGUGACGUCAAAACAGCUCGGCUGGACUUUCAACGGAAAGGAGCAGCUAUACUCUAUCCCCUUCUCCAAGUUUAAGGGACUUGAUCUGACCAAGUUUGAAACAAUCUUCAUUUCUAACUUGAACAAACCUGUUACCUUUGGGCCCUUGGCUUUGUACUGCGGAAACGAGGUUGUCGAAUAUGUCCCCCCUGCGGUUAUCGAACCAUCCAACCCUACCGAAACGGUGCCAGCGCCUCCAAGCAAAGCUACUAACCUCGUGAUCGACAAGUUUGCCAACUCGGAAACAAAUGCUUUGGAACAAUGGCACGGAGCAGACGAGGGGAUGACUGUGACUUUCAAGAGAAACACCAUGACGCUGCAGACCAACGACUCGGAUCUCACGUGGGUUACGCAAGUGUCCGAGACCUGCAAGGACUUGACCGAGUUCGACGGGUCUUACCUCCACGUCGCUUAUACCGGAAGCAACCUGUUCACCAUUGCCCUCCAGCAGCACAACGAGAAGUGUAACAAUGACAUCUACCCCUACCCCGAGACCUGGGAUUCCCUUGAAGCCUCGCGGUACAGCACCGAGACCGAUAUCUGGAUCCCGCUGAACCACUUCAACGUCGACCGCAAGCGGGCUAUCGGCUUCGCAUUCAAAGGCUUCUACAGCACCACCGCAACCGUCUUCUCCAAGAUCGAGAUCGUGAACCAGAUUCCCGAGAACUUCCAGGUCCCAGAGAAACUACCCUCCGGUCAGUUCAUCUUCGCCUGCAAGCGACCCAACUCCUUCGCAUUCGCCAUCGACGACGGCGACCCAGUGUUCGCGCAGCAAGUCAUGAAGACGAUCGACGACGAAGGCAUCGCCGUGACAUUCUUCACCGUAGGCGCGCCCCUGAGAGACCCAACCACGAAUCUAAGCGCCAUCUACAACGAGAUGGCCUCCAAGGGACACCAGAUCGCGCUGCACAGCUACACGCACCCGCCUCUAGAAGGCCUAGCAGACGACGCGUCCAUCGACUGGGAAUACACGAACGACAUCGAAGCGGUCAAAGAAACCUUCAACGGGCUGACGCCCAAGUACUUCCGUCCCCCCUUCGGCACCGAAGGCGCGCGUAUGCGACAGCGUCUCGCGGCGCUCAUUGAAGACCCGUAUAUCGUGCAAUGGAGCGUGGACGUGGAGGACUGGCUGUGGGCCGAAUCCAACACACCGGAAAAGCAGCUCGAGGCGUUCAAGCGGGACGUCGCGGCGGGCGGCGACAUCGUCGUCAUGCAUUACUUGUACAAUAGCACCGUUAGCUACCUCAAGGAGUUCAUCCAGAUCGCCAAGGCCACCGGCAAGCAGCUGAUGCGCGUGGACCAGUGCAUGAUGGAUCCGAAUGCACCGCCGCUACCGGGCGAGGAAGAAUAG